UUUCACUAUGUUUAAAACUUUCUUAUUCUCGAAAAUAUCCGUGUUGAAAUUCAUUUCAUAUAUAUUUGGAUCCAUUUUAUAUAGAUGAAAAGUUCCAGACAAAAAAGGUACAUAUCUUUGAUAUGCAGUCUGUUUUCAGUUUUGGGUUUCGUGUGUCAUGCUGUUGGAUUUGCCUCCCCGUUUUGGUACCAUGAUCACUAUUCUUCAAAGUAUGGAGCAGAAAAUUAUUUCCAUGGAAUAUGGAAAGCUUGUUUUGCAGUUCCUGGAUUACCAAUUAAAUGUCAUUAUCAUGAUUCGUCAGAGUUACCAUUGAUACAUGACAUACAAGCUGUGUCAGCCGCUGGUCUAUUGGCCUAUGGUUUAGCCGUGUUUUUGCUGAAUUGGAGAACGCAGUGUUUAGAGAAAUUUAAAAGGUCUUGUGUACAGUUUAUUGGUGCUGGAGUUUUGUUAGUAGCAGGCCUUCUUUGCUUGGUUGGAUUAAUGAUGUGGAUGUUUCAAAUGCCAGUCUUUUUUAUUCUACAUUUUGGAUUGUCAAUCCGACUGGAAGUGGUUUCAAUUGUAUUAGCAGUUGUUGCAUCAUCACUAAUUAUACGGGAAAAUAUAACACACGCAAAAACGGAAUGUAAAUAUUGGUUGUAUCCUAACCCGAAUAAUGUCAGUCGUUAUAUUCCGCCGAUCUCCGUCUAAUCUCCGAAAGGUCGAGUUCACUGAUUGGUUCCGUUUUACAGAGAACAACUGACGAGAUAUUUGCCCUGAAUGCCUUCAAGCUCUCGAUAGGCUAUGGGCCGCUAGAGUGCACAGAAUUAUUCGAGUUAGUUGUAUCCGUUUUUAAUUCAGUACGUUAAUGCGUAUGUUGCAUGGUUGUGAUAGUAUAGUACUAGGAACUAUCAUUUUUUUUUAAUUUGAUUGUUGAUCAGUAAACUUAAUAGUAUAGUUUUAUAUGCCAUUUAUUUUAGAUAUGUUUGUUUUAGGAUCUCAAAACAUGGGCUUUCAUAUUUUAUUGUUAAUACUGAUAUAUCUGUAUGAAUAUGUUGUAAAGCGCUUAGGUUAAUUUUUGAUAUUAUAUAAUGCGCUGUUAUAAAUACUGUAUAAUAAAAUAAUAAAUUUACUAGAACAAAUUAAAAAUAAGGUGAACUGACGAUCGUAUAUAUGGCUGCGGAAAGGCUGGACAGUCAUUCUGAAAGAAAAACCAAUAAGGAGCGAAGCACCCCUAUAAACGGCCAUUUUGGCGAAGUGACAUUAAUUCGUUGUUGGUUUACACUUUAAACUGUUGAAGUGUUUAAACAGAUGAUCGGUCAUACAUUGCAUUUGCACUCCAAUUGCGAAAGAUGAUAUUUUAAAUCAUGUUUACUUUCAAUGUUUGAAAGUCAAUAACUCAAUAACACUUAUAAAUCAUGUAUAGUUAAUAAACUUUCAAAUUCACA